AUGUAUCCGACUCUUUAUCACCUAUUUGACCCCUCACCCCUUUCCAGCUUCUUCUCCAACAAGGGCGCCGUAGCCGGCGUAUUCACCGUUGUCGGCCUCUUCGUCGCCGCCCUCCUCUUCUUCCUCAUCACCACCUACAUCCGCAAGCGGCGCGCACGGCGCUUCGACGACGAGGUCGACGAAGCCGCGCGUGAAGCCGCGGCGACCGCCUACACCGCGAACCCCUACCUCGACGAUGACGACGACGACUUCGCCAUGCGGAACGCAGCCGCCAAGUACGAGCCGACGCCGACCGUCACGAGCCACGGCACCUACGCGCAGCCGCCCAUGGGCGCCGAGAGCUACGGCAUGCGCGAGAUCCACCCGUCGCAGAUGCCGAUGACGAUGGGUCAGCAGGCGGGGCCGCCGCCCGUUCCCUACGACCCCUCGACGUACGGGAUGGCCGGGGUGGGCGUACAGAGGGCGCGGAGCAGGAGGGACGGCCCCGACGCUAGCGCGCCGGAGCAGACGCCGUACAACCGCUUCGCGUCGCCCCCUAUACCCGAGGCGUACCCGGAUCCAGCGGGGCGGUACAGAGGCGGGAACACCCCGCACGACUGGGACCUCCUGCAGGCCGCCGGCCUCGCCGACCAGACGCCCUUCUCCGACCCGUACGCGGCGGUGAACGCGAACCUCGUGCGCGGGCCGUCGCACACGCAAUCCUCGACGUCCGCUCACAGCGGCGGGUCCGCCGGCGCGCCGGGGUUGAACCGCCAGCCGUCCGUCGGCGCCGCCGGAUUGCUAUCGACGCCGUCGGACAGCGCGCACGCGCACACGCCGCCGACGUCGCAAGAAUCAUACGCCGCGCACUACAAGCCCGACUUCCCCGGCCAGGCCUACCGCGGGGUGAACCCGAACUCGCACUCCGCGCUCGAGACGCUCGGCGCGGGCCAGGCGGAGGACCCGUACGGCGGGUACGUCGAGCCCAUGCCGAACCCGCACGCGCACGCGAUCCCGAACCCGUUCGACACCCGCCACUCGUACGCGGACGAGAGCGAGGAGGAGCACCGCGAGGAGAGCCCGCCGCAGUACGAGGCGGGGCCGAGCGGCGAGCACCUCCCGCCGCCGAAUCCCAAGGGCGGGCGCCGGGACGCGGAGACGGAGAGUAUCCGGGACGAUGAAGAUUAUGGCGCGGGCCGGGUGCUCAGGGUCGCGAACGAGUAG